GAUACGGUGAUGCAAUCUCUAUUAAAAAGAGCACGUUUUGUUUUCACGUUUUAGUUAUUGCUCGUGGUUUAUAUUUUAGACACAAUUUAGGAUUUCACGUGAUUUCCACCGCACUAACUUUGCUAGGGGAGUCGUAAAGCCAUUAAACUAUUCACCAACAUCCUCAACAAAACCUGAUAUGGACAAAGAGAUUGAGGCUAGCCAAAGUGAGCUCAUGGAAGAUCCUCAAGGGAGUGGUUUUAAGGUGCUUGACCAAACUGUGUUAUCGGCGCUUCUCAAAGAAGAUAUCAACACAGAUUUGCAAAAUGCACCAAUAGAGGACACAGGUGCCCUGAAAGCGUGUGUAACACCGGAAGUGGCGAAGGUUGCUAAGGAAGUACUAGGAGAGGGGACUACUGAUUGCGAAGUGGCAAAAACCGAUUCGUGCACACUGGUAGAGUGUGUAGCACCGGAAGUGGCGAAGGUUGCUAAGGUAGUACUAGGAGAGGGGACUAAUAACUGCGAAACGCCAAAAACGGACACGGGCGCACUGAUAGAAUGUGUAGACCCGGUAGUUGCGAAUGAUACUAGGGAAGUACUAGGUGAGGAGAUUUAUGAUCGCGAAAUGGCAAAAACGGACACGAGCGCACCGGAAGUGGUAAAGAUUAGUAAGGAUGUACUAGGAGAAGAGAAUAAUGAUUGCGAAAUUUUAAAAACGGAAACUAGCCCCCUGGUAGAGUGUAUAGCACCGGAAGUGGCGAAGAUUACUAAGCAAGUACUAGGUGAGGACACUAAUGAUUGCGAAAUGCUAAAAAUGGACACAAGCGCACUGAUUGAUUAUGUAGCACCGGUAGUGGAGAAGGUUACUGAGGAAGUUUUAUGUGGGGUAUCUAAUGAGUGCGAAAUGAAAGCAGCGUCAAUUAUGUGCGUGCCCAGCUCAAUAGAAGAAAUCCAGAAAACCAACAAUGCUGAAAACCAUGCAAAAAUUUCCAAUAAAGAAGCGGUAGUAAUUGAAUCCGUUAUUCAAAUCGUUCCGGCCAGUGAUGAUUUAGACCACAAAACAUCAACAUUAGAAGUGGAAGCGAUGGCUAAGCCCAGUUCCGAUGCUAUAGUAAUAGUUGAUGGAACCGAUGCUGGGAUGGCGCCGGACACAGAUGUUAUCGAAGUUAUGGAUAUAACGCAAACAGAAAAGAGUAUCAUAUCAAAUGGAAAGCGGUUGAUGCCAGCCAAAGCUACAUCAUCUAGCCUUGGUUUGCUCUCACAAUACGGCUCCGAUUCUGAUGAAACGAUAUCGAGCGAGUCGGAAGCUGAGUCAGUAGUCGAGGUACCUGUAGCAGCUAUUAACAAAACUUACCGCUCGCAGAUUGUCGAAAUUGAGUCCGAUUCUAGCGGGACCAUAUCCUCGGAAUCUGAAUCGGAAACUGAGUCGGAAUAUUUAACAAAAAUUGCAAAACACAUCAACAAGCGUAUUGAGGCCAUUGAUGAUGAGAAUAAUGAUGAUGAUGGUGAUGAAGAUGAUUACGGGGAUAACGACGGUAAAGAAACAAAAAACCGCGUUCGCCGUCAGCCGCCGCGGGUACGAGGCGAAAUGUUACUUGACGAUUUACCACCUAUUCAGGACCUACACAUAUCAAUGCCCGCCGAAGAGUGUAUUGAAUUUGGUCGGGUGCAUUCCAUUGUAGAUCAAUUGUUACUGGUAAGCGCAUUGCCAAACUCGAUCUUACUGGAUUUGGAAACUGUACUCUUUUUAGAACAAGGAAAACGCGUGCUGGGCGUUGUGUUCGAUGUGUUGGGUCAAGUAGCUGAUCCACUGUAUUGUGUGCGUUUUAAUACAAAUCAACACAUACACGAGAAAGGUAUAAAUAUUGGAGAUGUGGUUUAUGUAGCGCCCAAAUCGGAGCAUACACAAUAUGUAAUACUUUCAAGUCUUACGAAAAUGCGUGGGUCUGAUGCAUCAUGGGAGAACGAUACAGAACCGCCACCGCGGUAUAUAGAUUACUCAGAUGAUGAGGAGGAGCGUGAAGCACGCCAUAAAUUACGCAAACAUCGGAGGCAGAGUAUUAAGGAGGAGGAUGAAGAAGACAAAGACGAUGAUGCUGAUGCUGAUGCUGAUGAUAAGGAUAAAGAUCCGAUGAAACGAAGUUGGUUAAGCACAGCUUUUGAGGGAAAUAAACAAAGGCGGGAACGGCCCAGCGGUAGUAGGCGAAACGAUCUAUCUGGAAAUUAUCAAAAGAGGCAAGAACGUUUUGGAUCACAAUCGCCGUAUACACCGCGCAGCUAUCAUCAACAAAAUACCAGCAGCUGGCACUCGCAUUACAAUCAACAAUAUCACCCCAGACCGCCACCCACACAUGUCUACCGUUCCCCAUACACUGCUCCAUAUCAGUACCAACGACCUCAGUACCACACACCACCACCUCGCUUUAAUCCAUAUGUACAUCCGCCAGCGCCAAUGUCAAUGCAAAUGCCAACAGCGCAGGGACAGUUGGCACCGCCCAUGGAGCACCCACCACCGCAAAUGACACCACCGACUCAGAUGCAUUCAAUGCCGCCGCCAACACACAUGACGUCACCACCUUCGAUGCAUUCAAUGCCUCCGCCAACACACAUGACGCCACCAACUUCGAUGUAUUCAAUGCCACCGCCGCAUAUGCCUCCACCAUCCACAGCUAUAUAUGUGCCAAGUCCUUAUGCUUUUCGACCAUCAACAGUAUCGCCUCAAAUACAAAUGCAACAGCCACAAAUGCAACAGCAACAACAACAACAACAGAUUCAGCCGCAAGGUUCGAUGCAAAUCACAAGCACGGCAGAACCAUCGCCACCAGGUGCGGAUUGAGAAUGAGUUAGCUGAGAAGUUUUAAUUAUUUAGUACCUUUAAAUAAAGUUACGUGUAUAGAUUGAAUAUUACUCACUGUUGCGUAAAUAAAUAUUUUUAACUUUGAGGUUUCA